AUGUCGUCCGACCCUUCGUAUAUUCUUCUGCUUGCAGCUGGUGUCUUUGGCGGUCUUCUUUGGUAUACCGUUUCUUCGGGUCGUAGAACGAAGCUGCCUCCGGGACCGAAGCGCCUCCCCAUCAUCGGGAACGCUCAUCAAGUUCCUACUGAGAGCCCGUGGAGAGCGUUCUCGGAGUGGGGAAAGAAGUAUGGUGACAUCAUACAUGUCGACAUAGUCGGCAAGCCCAUCAUCAUAAUAAAUUCAGAAAAAAUUGCAAGAGACCUGCUUGUAAAACGUGCAACCAUUUACUCUGACCGGCCGCACUUCGUCAUGGCGGGAGAACUCGUCGGAUAUAGCGCGCCGUUCGCGAUGCAAUCGUACAAUGACAAUUGGAGACGACAGCGUCGACUCAUUUCUCACGACUUCGCGCCGACCAAUACCCCACGAUAUCACGGACUUCAAGAGAAGGAAGCCCGAAUCCUUGUCCGGAACGUUUUCGAGAAUCCAGAAUCUCUUGUCUCUCAAGUUAAAUUGAGGAUCGGCAUCAUCAUCUUUCGAGUCACAUACGGGUAUUACAUUAAAUCCGAGAACGAUCCUAUCUUAACGACGCCAUUAGAGGCGAUGGAUAACUUCAGCUAUUCGACAACGCCAGGCAAUUUCCUGGUAGACUUUAUCCCCAUUUUGAAGUAUUUACCGCGAUGGGCACCUGGGUCUGGAUUUCUAACGACCGCAGAGCAGUGGAGGAAGCUUUUAUACGACUCUACCUAUAGACCUUACACCUGGUGCAAGAAAAACUUGGAAACUGGCCAGACGCUAUUGCCGAACCUGUGCGCCACAAUCCUCCAAAACCCGAUUCAUCAAUUGUCAGAAGAUGAGGAAACGAAACUGAUUUGGGCCGCCUCCAGUGUUCUUGGGGGUGGACUCGACACAAACAUGUCCUCUGCUUUGACAUUUUAUUUGGCGAUGAUCCUGAACCCUAGAAUUCAAGAGAAAGCACAGGCUGAGAUCGAUGCCGUCGUUGGGAAAGACAGAUUACCGACCAUCAAUGACCGUCCCAAUUUGCCGUAUAUAAGGAGUAUUAUCGCCGAAGUUCUCCGCUCGAGUCCUGCGAUUCCUCUAUGCCUCCCCCAUUGCACAAGUCAAGACGACGUCUACGACGGGCUCCUUAUUCCGAAAGGCUCAAUGAUAAUGCCCAACAUCUGGCACAUGCUCCAUAACCCAGAGGUCUACCCCAACCCCAUGGAGUUCGAUCCGGAACGUUUUCAUAACCUUGACUCCGAGAUGGACAAAGUCAAGGACCUCGUUUUUGGAUUCGGCCGUCGCGUCUGCCCAGGGAUGCACUUUGCCGAAGGAACUCUCUUUGCAAUUGUUUCCACGACUCUCGCGACGUGCAAACUUCUCCCGGGGCUAAACGGAAACGGCAAGGAAGACAUCCCUAAGUUCGAAUUUACCUCGGGAACCAUCGUAUUCCCCAAGCCAUUCACACUCAGGGUGAAAGCUCGUUCGAAUGAGGCAUUGGCUCUGCUCGCCGAGGUGUCUACCGUUGUAGAGUAG